AUGUACCAUGGUCAAACAGACCUUGUGAAGCACGUAAGCCACUUCAACCAGAGAAUGACAGUGUACUCCAAAAAUGAGGCCUUGAUGUGUAAGGCAUUCCCAUCUAGCUUAAGGCUUGUGGUGUUUAGGUGGUUUGAUGGCCUAAGUACAGGUUCUAUUGAUUCCUUUAAGGAGCUCACUCGAACGUUUGAAUCUCGUUUUAUUACAUGCAGUAAGGUUCCUCGGUCUUUAGAUUCUCUGUUGUCCAUGUCCAUGCGAGAAGGGGAGACCCUGAAAACGUACUCCAACAAAUAUUGGGAGAUGUUCAAUAAGAUCGCUGGGGACUUUAAUCAUGUGGCUCUAAGGACUUUCAAGGUCGGCCUGCCUGCCGAGCAUGAUUUGAGAAAGUCCUUGACCAAGAAGCCAGUAAGGUGUGUGCGUCGGCCUAUGAACAGUAUUAACAAAUACAAGCAGGUUGAGGAAGACCAACAGCAAGGGAAAUGA